CAACAGCGUGAGCUUUUGUGUUGCAGUGAUCUUCAGAGAAAGGCAAGAGCACAGACUCUGACUGCAGAGAGAGGAGACCUCGUUCUUCUCUUUUUCAUAAAUCAUAUCCUUCAUCCAUGCUUCUUCUCGCUAUACCCAAACCUUAGAUAGAGAUACAGGAUCACUCCAUUCAACUGUGUUCAGGGUGUUUUGAGAAUGGUGACUGGGUGGCGAAAAGCUUUUUGCACCACCGUUCCUAAAGAUGGUGAAAUCAGAGAAGCAAGAGAGAAGCAAAAGCACAGCAAUGACCCUAAUCCAAACCCCAGUCCAAGAUUUGGUGCCAAAUUCAGCUUCUUCUCCACUGGAAGCAACCCCUCUACCCCUCGCUUACAGUCUCACUCUGGUCUCCGAUGCCGGACUACUACUACUCCGGCGACAUCCGCCCAGAAUAGUCCUAGGAUCCAAUGCAAGACCGCCAAGAGCCCUGGAUUGUUCCAGUGCUCCAAUCCAUCAUCUCCUAAAUCGCCUUCCAGCUUCUCCCUUCUCAAGGCCAGCUUGAAGCUUUCCAAGAGUAGGUGUGGAAUUUGUAUACAGAGCGUGAAGACUGGUCAAGGUACGGCCAUUUUCACGGCGGAAUGCUCCCACGCUUUUCACUUCCCGUGUAUAGCCGCACACGUUAGGAAACAUGGAAGUCUCGUGUGUCCAGUGUGCGGUUCCAACUGGAAAGAAGUGCCCUUGCUAGCUGUUCACCAGGAUCAGAAACCAGAAAUCGUUGAAGAGAAGAAGAAAGAAUCGCUGAUCAAAGAUAUAAACAUCAAGAAUGAACGGAGGCAAUUUGCGCCUUCUGAUUUGAAGGCUUAUGAUGAUGACGAGCCUUUGAUGUCGCCGACCACCGGAGCUCGGUUCAUUCCGAUUCCGGAAUCCGAUGAAAAUGAGGAAGAUGAAGCUAACGUUGAGUUUCAAGGAUUUUUUGUGAAUAAUAGUACUCCACCAUCAACCAAGGUGAUCAAAGAGACGGAGAUUCAGUUGAGAAAUGUUGAUGUGAGAUUGUUGCCAGAGGCCGCCGUGGUGUCAGUCGGCCGCAGUUACGAGACCUAUGUAGCAGUACUGAAGGUAAAGGCUCCGCCGGUUCCGGCGACGAUUAACACAACGACAUCAUCGCUGCUGAAUCCAGCGCGUCGUGCUCCCAUUGAUUUGGUGACGGUGCUUGAUGUCGGCGGAGGCAUGACCGGGGCGAAGUUGCAGAUGAUGAAACGCGCCAUGAGAUUGGUUAUAUCUUCUCUCAGCUCCACCGAUCGUCUCUCCAUUGUAGCUUUCUCAGCGAGCUCCAAAAGGUUAAUGCCGUUGAAAAGAAUGACGACGACCGGGCGGCGUUCGGCGCGUCGAAUCAUCGAAAGCCUCGUCGCCGGCCAAGGCGCCAGCGCAGGCGAAGCCCUGAAGAAAGCCUCCAAGGUGCUCGAAGAUCGACGAGAGAGAAACCCCGUCGCAAGCAUCAUGCUUCUAUCGGACGGUCAGAAUGAGCGCGUGUCCAGUAAAUCAACCAAUCCUAACCGUCCAUCUAAUGUUGUUUCAUCUACACGCUACGCUCAUUUAGAGAUUCCAGUCCACGCGUUUGGCUUCGGCGAGAACGGCGCCUAUGGGGCUGAGCCAGCCGAAGAUGCAUUUGCCAAGUGCGUCGGUGGUUUGUUAAGCGUAGUGGUUCAGGAUCUCCGGGUUCAGUUAGGGUUUGCUUCCGGUUCAGCUCCGGCUGAGAUCGCAGCCGUGUAUUGCUGUACCGGUCGGCCUAAUCUUAUGGGAUCCGGUUCGGUACGGCUGGGUGAUCUGUACGCUGAGGAUGAGAGAGAACUACUGGUAGAAUUGAAAGUACCAACGUCCGCUAUCGGGGCCCACCACGUAUUAUCCGUUAGAUGCUCGUAUAAAGACCCAUCAUCGCAGCAACUCAUCUACGGUAAGGAGCAAGCACUUCUAGUACCCCGCCCCCACGCCGUUCGAUCAGCUGGACCCCACAUCGAACGGUUAAGAAAUCUCUACAUCACCACCCGCGCCGUAGCCGAGUCUAGGCGAUUAGUUGAGCACAACGACAUUUCAGCUGCGCAUCACUUGCUCUCAUCGGCUCGAGCCCUUCUAAUCCAACAGAAUUCGAAACUGGCCCAGGAUUUUCUCCGCGGCUUAGAAGCUGAACUAACGAACCUACAUUGGCGCAGACAGCAUCAACUGCAGAUCCAGCGGCCGAGAGCUACUGGAAGGGAAGCCGCUUCAUUGGACGAAAAGGGUGAGCCGCUUACGCCAACUUCGGCUUGGAGAGCCGCGGAGCGACUGGCUAAGGUAGCCAUUAUGAGGAAGUCAUUGAAUAGAGUCAGCGACUUGCACGGGUUCGAAAAUGCCAGAUUCUAAUUUUUCCUAUUUUCUAAUACAAAAGAAAAUUAAAAAAAAAAAAAAAAAAAAGGGAGAGGGAAGAGAGAGGGCCCUGGGGCCAUGGCCCACGGCCCAGAGCUAUAAUAGCGACAAGCAGCAUAGGACGGGCCGGCCCUUUCUGCAGAGGAAAGGAACCGAUACUGAUGAGGAAAGAGGCAGAACCCCACAUGAAUCCAUUCAUUGAUUCACUAGUGUGGUUCUCUGCUUUGUCUCUUACUCCCUCCUUAUCCAUUAUUAGUCAUCAUAAAAAACAUCUACUCGAAAUAGAGCGAAUAAAAAAAAAACAAAGGGAAUGGGGGGAGGGAGAGAGAGGUAGGUAUCUCUGUUUCAUGUUUUUAGAUUAAUUUACUUUUGUCUUUGUUUGGUGUUGAUUCUGUAAAUGGAUGUAGCAUGCAGUUUCAGAAUAUCUUCUUUCUUUCUCUGUAUGUUUAAUGGAUGGUUUUGGUAAAAGCCAAAGUGGGCCGUGGUUGAAUUGAUGAAUGAGUGAGUGUAUAUAUACAAAGACAUUAUAAUGCCAAAAUGUUUUGGGUCUUGAAAGGAAA